UAUAAUAAUAUCAACAAGCAGCAGACAUAUGGCUCCCGAAUAACCAACAAAAGAGCAAAAUCCAAACAAAUUGUGUAUAAUUACGUUGCCAAACAACAUGAAGCCAGAGAAAACGCAUAGGAAAAAAGCAAGCACUGUUCGACGUUGUCCUCCGCGGAGAAUACCAAAAUCAGUUCUAACGAGGACCAUUGAAAUACUGGAUGAUUCUAGUGAUGAAUUUUGGUUAAACAAAAACUCUUCGUGUGCUCCGCCAAUUAAUUAUGAAGCAAGCCUUGAAGAAAAGCAUUCCGACACAUACAAGAAACUGAAUUUGGCUCGCAAUUGUUUACUAACAAGAGACUGGCAAAACUUGGCCAAACUGCUUACUUCUAAUCUCUUCGGCAGCACUGUGGUUCAAAAGUGUUCAAUACCCAUUUUUUCAGAAUAUGCUUCUAUCACAUUGACACUAUUGGAUCCAGAACUGUUAACUAAGCUCCAUCAAGCAAUGCAAGCAGCAGCGCCGCAAGCCACAAAAAACUUAAAAGCAAAUGUUACCCAAACAGAGUAAACCACAUAGAUCAUAAGAAAAUUCAA